UUGCAGUUUUGCGAUUUUAGUUCACCUCCGAUUGCUAACCAGUGCGGACCGGGAUACCAGCCCGUUCCGAUCGAAACCGAGGGCGUGUGGUAUUUGCAGCAAAAGGGCCACAAAAAAUACCGAAAAGGGAUUCAAUCAAAUUGUUCUAGUGCCAACGGGAGAGCCUAAAACGAUGGGUCGGUGUUCGUUGCUGGCGGUGAUAGUGUUGCUAUCGAGUGUGGUCGUGCUAGUGGCCGGUUCGGGGAACGCGACGAACGUCAAGAGUGAUGUGGGCAGUGCGACAUACUUGGAUGUGUUGCGAAGGAUAACGAGCCUGCAGGGUGCGGAUAUACGCAACAAUCUACGAUCACUACGUCAACUUGCCAUACAGCAUGGACUGAUCAAAAGGAGUGAUAUGGCCGGAGAUGCCGCUGCCGCUAGCGACGAGGAGCAGUCGGCGGAGGGAGAAGAAUCAUCGCUAGAAACAGAACCGGGUCAGGAUAUAACGGCCAUUGCUGAAGGUCGUAAGAAGGGUGGUGGAGGAGGCAGCAACAACAACAUUGUGGUGACGGGCGGAGGUGGCGGCCAUGACGACGGAUCGUACUCGAUCAGCAUCGAGGAAGGUGGUAACAAGAAGGGCAAAAAGGGCAAAAAGGGUAAAAAGGGCAAGAAGCAUCGCAAGCAGAAGCGAAAGGGAUGGAAAAAGCACAUGAAAAAGGCGGUCCCAAUUGGGAUGGGCAUUCUGGCACUGAAAGCAUUACUCCUGCACUUCGUUCUGAAGAAGCUGGUAAUGGCAACGGCCCUAUCUUUGUUGCUGAGUAAGAAGUCGCUGCUUGUGUCGUCGCUGAUUGCUUUGAAGCUGCUGCUACAACAGCCGCACAGUAGCGACAAGAGCGAAAGCAGCAAGCUGGAGGUGGUUCACAUUCCGAUCCGCAAGGAUGCCGGUUUCCACAAGAAGCACCAGCAGCAACAGGUACCAUCCGGCAAGAUGAAGCUACCUCCGAUCGGUACGUCGGCCACGAGCACGACCAAGGCACCAAUCGCGCCCAGUCUGUCGCUGUUCGAUUCGUACUCCGGCUCGUCACCGCACCAGAUCCAGCAUACGCACCAGCAGAUGGCUGACUUCGGUGGCAAGUACAUCCCGCUCGGGUACGAAAGCAACCAUUUCCAUUUUGAUGCGACACCGUCGGUGGCUGCGUACGGCGAUGGGCUCAACUCGGUGCAGAACGUGGAACAGUUCUUUGACGAUGCGGACGAGCUGCAGUUCGAUCGGCAGGACAACGGGUGGGACGGUUGGAGCGGUUGGAAUCGGGGCGAGCGGUUCGAGCAGACGGGAGCAUCGGCCCCGGCCAGCGGUGUUGUAGCCAGCGGCAGUGAUGGCGGUGCGGCUGGCACUAACAACGACGCCACUGCUUACGCCGGCUGGGGUGGAACGGAAUAUGGGGUAGCACCAGAGCAGCAGCAGACGAGUUACGGCCCACCGAACCGCAGCCGGUACGGGGAAGUGUACGGUGGCUAUCGGCGGCCGAUGCAAGCCAACAACCCGCCCCGGCUACAGCAGCUGAUGGGCAGGAGAAAGCGAAAGUUCUAGUGUACGGGAGCAAAAGCAACCCGGAAAAAGCGAAGAAGCACAAGCGACGAACCUUCGAUAGAAGAAUCAAACAGACAGGGUGGAGAAGUUGGUUGAAAGAUAGGAGAUUGCACCGCGUUGGGGAUAAAAGAUAAAAAAAACCACGAAGAAGCUGAAAAUGAUGCAGCAUUUACGAGCGUUAAGCUUCAGAACUUUGAGAAUGAAAGAACGAAAAGAGAAGCAGAGACAAUAAAAAUCCAGAAAAAGGCGAAUGAAUGAUGAACGCGACAGGCAGGGGAAAAACUACAUUUCAUCAUGCUUUCGAAAAAGUAGCAGUACAACAGAUCGAAACCAGAAACAUAACUAUUUUUGUUUAGUUUAUCUUUAGAGAUCCUUAAUCUGCGCUGAGUAACUUUGUAUUGACAUUAAAAUAUUUGAUUGAAAUGUUUCCUUUCUGUAGGAAAAUUGAUUUGCUUAAAUUUAGCUUAUUUGGAUAGGAAACACAUGACUCCUAUCGCAGUUUGGCACCGAAGACUCUCACGAUCGCAGUUUGGCACCGAAAACAAAUGGGCUUAUAGAAAAUGGAAACUCUGAAGAAUUGCGCCACCACAGUAACCCACCGUAAUUUAUGAUUAUUUAUUUAUUUAUACCAUUAUAAGCUAGUAGCAUGCUUUGCAAGGCAGGUGCAGGUCAAGUUCGCGGGACCGGACAUAGGGGAAAGGGCUUGUGCAAUUCAAUACGAAUCUCGUAAGCGCGACACCAACUGUGUGUGCUCGUGUGUGUAUUAGGAAGGUUAGAGCAUCGUUAAUUAUGCUGUAGAGUGUGUCGAAUAAAUACAUUUGCUUACAGUUGCUCCAGCACGGAGGCAACUAACCGUU